AUGACGAGCGCACCGGCAGAGGAUGAGUGCGGCAGGUCCGCGGGGGCUAGCGCUCUCGUCGGUAGGCAACAGGAGGCGGCGGCGACGGUAGUCUAUGAUGCCCUAGCCGCGCCAAGACGUGUAGAGCACGAGCCCAGUCCGGCCGAUAGGAAGCUCCGGCGGUGGGGGCGCCGGCGGUGGAUAUGUACGGCCGGCCAAUCAGAGCCGGUGCUUACGCUGGCUGUCGGCGGAAGGCGGCGAAGAAGGCGCGUGGAGAGGCUCAGCCCGCACAAAGCCCAACCGGAUUCUAUCUCUAUGUCAUCUAGGCAUGAAAAAUCGUCUACGGAGAAUUCAUCGGAUGAAGAGUCGGAUGAAGAUGACAUGGUCACAGCAUAUCAACAAUUGGUCGUCGAAUCAAAGAAGGUGGCAAAACAUAACAAGAAGCUGCGGCGGAGUCUACAUGACUUAGAACAAGAGAAUUCAAGAAUGGCCUCGUUGUCAAAGGAUCUAGAACAAGAAAGAGAUGGUUUGACUAAGGCCUACAAUUCUUUAUUUGAGAAGUGUACAUUGCUUGAAAAGGAAAAUGAGUCUCAUACGUAUAUUGAUCAAGCGAUGAAGAAAGAUGACGAACAUUCUACAAAAGUGGUUCCUAAGCUUUAUGGUCAUGUGAAAAGGGUUUGCAAACAAAAGGCUAAAAGCCCCACUACACCCUUGGAUCGGAAGGCACAAUGGAAAUCAAAGAAGGAUGAUCCUAAGAACAAACAGACAUGGAAACCAAAGAAGGAAGAUCCAAAGACAAAUGCAAAGCAAACUUGGAAACGGAAGAAGGAUGAUCCUAAGAAGAAAAUUGCUCAAAUCGUCGACAAGCAACAUAUUUCGCAAUCAAGUCGGCCAACGCAACCCAAAACACGUAAGGUGUAA